GGCCCCGCCAAGAUGGCUGCGCCCGCAGCGCCCCGGGCCCUGCUCUGCCGCCUCCUCCUCCUCCUGCCGCUGCUGGCGGGGCCCGCCCGAGCGGCGGCUCCCGGCGGGGCCUGCGGCUGCGGCGCUGGCCGGGGCAGUGGGGCCGGGCGGGAGGCAGCGGCGCGGCGCUACUCGGCGGCGGGCGGCGGGCGCAGCGCCGGGCACAGGCCGAUGGUUGCUAUUCCAGGAGGAGUGUUCACAAUGGGCACUGAUGAGCCUGAAAUCCAGCCAGAUGGAGAGUGGCCUGCUAGGAGAGUCCACAUUGACAGUUUCUACAUGGAUCAGUAUGAGGUCAGCAAUGAGGAGUUUGAGAGAUUUGUGAAUUCUACUGGGUACAUCACUGAGGCUGAGAAAUUUGGCGAUUCCUUCGUGUUUGAGGGAAUGCUGAGUGAAGAAGUGAAGGCUCACAUCCAUCAGGCAGUUGCAGCUGCUCCCUGGUGGCUGCCUGUGAAGGGAGCCAACUGGAAGCACCCAGAGGGUCCUGGCUCUAGUAUCUCCAACAGGAUGGACCAUCCAGUUCUUCAUGUUUCCUGGAAUGAUGCUGUGGCCUUCUGCACCUGGGCAGGGAAACGGCUACCGACCGAGGCUGAGUGGGAGUACAGCUGCCGGGGGGGCCUUGAGAAUAGACUUUUCCCAUGGGGCAACAAGCUUCAGCCAAAAGGUCAACAUUAUGCCAACAUCUGGCAGGGAGUGUUCCCAACUAAUAACAGUGCAGAAGAUGGAUACAAAGGAACUGCCCCUGUCACUGCCUUUCCUCCCAAUGGAUAUGGCUUGUACAACAUUGUAGGAAAUGCCUGGGAAUGGACCUCUGACUGGUGGGCUGUUCUGCAUUCAGCAGAUGAAGUUCACAACCCUAAAGGGCCCUCAUCAGGGACAGACAGAGUGAAGAAGGGUGGAUCCUACAUGUGCCAUAAGUCCUACUGCUACAGGUACCGCUGUGCAGCCCGCAGCCAGAACACUCCUGACAGCUCUGCCUCCAACCUGGGCUUCCGCUGCGCUGCGGACACCGCGUGAGGGGCUGCAUCCCACCCAAGGAAGGAGACAGCUGUGGAGUGGCACUUGAUGAUGGCACAGAAGAGAAAUCUAGUGCUUGAACUGCUGCCUGGGGGAAAGAAUUCAACCCUCCUCAGAACUGCUCAAAGAACUUUCCUGUAUUUCUCUCUGGGGAAGCUGGCCUGGGCUUUGAUCCUGACCAAACGUUUUCUCAUGGAGUUCUGCUGGUUUUAGCAAGAGCACCCUGGAACCAGCGAGCCCAAAACCGAGCAGAAACAUGCCAGUUGCUUUUUAAAAGGUUGAUUAAUAGCUCCUUUAGAAAAGAUCUUGGUUUUAUUUAUGUAUAGCUGGAAUUUCUACACUUGAAUCCAAUAAACCAGGACUUUACCAACUUCUAGACAGCUUUAAAGAAAGUUGAAGGACUGGAGGACAGACAAGGACUGGAGGACAGACAGCUGCAGUUUGUGUAGCCCUUGUGUUACAUUCCUGUUGCAGUGAAAAUCAGGUCCUGAAAUGUGCUGCUUCUGCUGAAAUACUUGCUUUUCUUUAGAAAGUGCCUUCUGCAACUGAGGGAUGAUAAUCCUCAGGUGAUGAUUAAAAUGUUGUAUGUGUUUGAAUAAAAUUUCAAGGAUUUCUUAUGCUGAGGACUCUUA